AUGCCUGAUGAUAAUUCUUGCCUCUUCCGCGCAUUUGGUACCGCCUUCGUCCCAGGUGACGACCUCAGCAUGGUGGAACUGCGCUCGAUAGUUGCAACGGCCAUCCAAGGUGACCGCGAGACAUACUCGAAGGUGGUCCUCGAACAAGAACCCGACGAAUAUUGCACCUGGAUCCAAACUCCGGACGCAUGGGGAGGUGCUAUAGAAAUGGGGAUACUAGCAAACUAUUUCGGAGUAGAAAUCUGCAGCAUCGACGUACAAUCUUUGCGAAUAGACAAAUUCAACGAAGGGGCCGAGAACAGGUGUAUACUGGUAUAUUCAGGCAUCCACUACGACACGGUGGCCGAGAGCCCCAUGCCCACGGAUCCGGAAUGCGAUCAGAAAGUGUGGCCGACGACGGAUGACAGGAUAUUGAGCAAGGCGCUGGAGUUAUGCGAGAAGCUGAAGGCGAAGCAUUACUUCACGGAUACGGGAGGUAUGGCUAUCAGAUGCAACGUAUGUGGCAGCAUCGUCUACGGGCAGGGACAAGCUAGUGGGCAUGCUGAGCGAUUUGGACACUACGAUAUGGAGGAGGUGCAGACGAUACGACAAGCAUAG